AGGAAGCUUUAGUGUUAAGUCCUCACGGGAACAAAUAUAGACACAGUGUUUCCAGCUCGAGGGGUUGGUAGCUGAUACCAGAACCUGACCAUAGUGCAUGGAGAGGCUCUCAGCCUCACUCAGCCUCUCAGUCAGCCGUCAGCCGGUCGCUGACUCACAGCUUGGCCGCAAGAAGCGAACAGACUCUGUUGCUGCUGCAGCUCUACAAUGUGGAGCAUUCGAGGAAGUUGCUGAAGGCAGAAUGAGUUGUUUUGACAGAGUGCACCGCGUGGACAGAGCCCUGUUCUCCAGCUGAGUCGACCUGAAAGCCAGCAUCCUUGUUACAUGUGUACAGUCAUGAAGUUCAACCAGUGCGCGCUGCAAGACACACCUGGGAACCACGAGGAGAACAAAGUGUGGAAAUGGCACAUUCAGGAUCCCGCCAGCCAGAGACUGACGUGGAACAAGCCACCAAAAAGUGUCCUUGUCAUCAAGAAGAUCCGAGAUGCCAGUCUGCUUCAGCCUUUCAAAGAGCUCUGCAAAUUUCUCACCGAGGUGAAAAACAUGAUUGUUUACGUAGAAAAAAAGGUUCUGGAAGACCCAGCUAUUUCAGGAGAUGAAAACUUCGGGGCCAUUACCAAGAAAUUCUGCACUUUCCGAGAAGAUCUUGAUGACAUCUCCAAUCGUGUAGACUUCAUCAUCUGUCUUGGCGGAGACGGGACGUUGCUGUAUGCAUCUUCGCUCUUCCAGGAGAGCGUUCCACCAGUUAUGGCCUUCCACCUGGGCUCCCUGGGCUUCCUGACUCCUUUCAAAUUUGACACCUACCAGUCUCAGGUCACCCAAAUUAUUGAAGGUAAUGCAGCCAUUGUCCUGCGAAGUCGCCUGAAGGUCCGGGUGCUUAAAGAGAACUGGGAGAAGAAGGCCAGAGUGGACGAAAAGGGCAUCAUCCUGACCAAUGGGGACAUCGAAAGUAGCCGCAAAGCCAUGCAGUAUCAGGUUCUGAACGAGGUGGUGGUGGACAGAGGACCCUCCUCCUAUCUCUCCAAUGUUGACCUGUUCCUGGAUGGACACCUGAUAACCACAGUGCAGGGAGACGGUGUGAUAGUAUCUACACCUACAGGAAGUACAGCGUAUGCUGUGGCAGCAGGAGCUUCCAUGAUCCAUCCCAAUGUCCCGGCCAUCAUGAUCACCCCCAUCUGCCCACACUCACUCUCCUUCAGACCCAUUGUGGUGCCUGCCGGGGUGGAGCUCAAGAUAAUGCUGUCAUGUGAUGCCAGAAACACAGCCUGGGUGUCAUUUGAUGGAAGAAAGAGACAAGAGAUCUGCCACGGAGACAGUAUUACCAUCACCACUUCCUGCUUCCCCGUUCCCUCCAUCUGUUUCCGGGACCCAGUCAAUGACUGGUUUGAGAGCCUGGCCCAGUGUUUACACUGGAACGUGAGGAAGAAGCAGAACUACCUCAGCUCAGAGGAUGAGGAGUUCUGAGGCCGAUUCCACGAUCUUCAGGGUCUUCUCCAAGGUCUCUAUGAUCCCAAGGUCUUGGUUUUAGCUUGACGGUGCUGUGUGCCGUUUUGUCUUUUAUGGAUGGAAGGCCUCAUCAAACUCGAUACAACAAAUGCCUGUCAUGUUAGUGCUGCCCUUCAUGUUCAUAUUAAAAUGACUCCAUAGAGUACUGUGGUAAAUUAACAAGUAUUGGGCCAAAGAGCACAGAGUGAAACAUGAAAUUCCCAGUCUUCAAUUAAAUUUAAGUGAAUUAAAUAACUAAGGCAUUUAAAAAGAAAUAAUCAGGAAUAACUUGCGUAAAAUAUAAAUAAGUGAAAUAAUUUAAGAAAUGACUGAAACUCAAAUCAUUAUCAUAACAUAACAGUCUUGUCUUUUUUAUAGCAACAGUUUUAGUUAUUUCAUUUUUAUUUCAGUCUGUAAACUUUUACAAAUGCUACCUAGCUAACUAGCUAAGUUUGUCUCGUAGGCUUUGACCAUUACUCAUCAUCAAAGUGAAAAGCCAGUGUUACCAACCACAGCCAGCUGGUUAAUUCAGAGUUAUCUGUGUUGUCACAGAUAUCCCUCAGAGGACGACACAUAACUUAUCUAUCUACUAUAGUCUUUGGUUGUUUUAGCCAACAGGAGCUUGUUAGCUAGCUGUCAGUUGCUAACAGAGUCUUGCUGAGAGGUUGGAGCCAUGUGAUUGGCUGAAAUUUUGAAAUAAAAGUGUCAUUAAGAAAAAUGCAAAUAUGAAAUAGACUUCUGAAAAAAGCCAUUUUGAAAUAAUUUUUAUAAUGAAGAAAAAAUGAAAUUUAAACACUAGUUAGUAUGAAAAAAUGUUGAAAUAAUGUUCCAUUUAAAAUAAAAGUUGAGUUUUUGUAAUUUACUAAAUUAUUUCACUAUUUAUUGAACACUCUGGGGCCCCAUAGUAAACAAAUCUAAACAUCAAGCCUAAUAAAACUCACUCAUGUUACUCAGAGAACAAGGAUUACCAGGAUUAUAAGUAACUACCUACCUGUUUGUAUGUUAGAAAUAUGCAGCAUUAUCAGGAGCCUGUAAAAUUCCCCAAAAUACCAUGUUCUGAUGUGUAAGCAUGUUAAAAUGGUGGAUUUUUUAAUGGAGUUUGGCCUUACUGUUGGUCCACGAUUGCUCCUGUGUGUUCUCUGUCUGUAUACUGUGGAAACUGAAGUUUGUCAAGAUGCAGGCUGUAAGCAAAAGUUGUUAGACUAGUAAUCGAACAGCUUUUCUUGGGAUGAUCUUGGACUAAAACACGCAAGGUCAGUUGUGGAUGGCAGUUACAGUAUUGCAGUACUAUUGACGGGUGUUAUCAAGUCUGUUCUAGCACUUUUUAAUCUUUGAGACAGAUGGCAGAGACACAGCUACUACUUUAUAAACAACAAAAGCUAGUUCUCUCAGUAGAGGUGAAGGCCGGGUUGCACUUUUAUCUAAAAAUUCUUUGGAAAGAAAAAGGAAAACUUUCCUGAAUUCUGUUAAUUAAAUCAGGACAAACUGAUGAAAUGCCAUCACUGAAUGAUAAACGUUGUUUUACAUGUUCAGGUGCAUCCUGACGAAGAGCAGAUUUACAGUACAUCUACUUGGCAAUAGAGGCCCCAAGUGUACAGACUGUGCCUUAAACACUGGUAUCAUUAAUGUAUAGAAAUAUUAUUUUUCAAGGUUUACAUUAUGGUAUUUUUUUCUUAAAUCACACUCUUGCACAGAUUUGUGGUUUGUGCAUUUUCACUAUAACCACAUCGACUUGUCUUUGCUGUCUGCAGCACAUGACACUUGAUUCACUAACUGAAUUAUGUAGUCUGUUCCUUAGUAUCUCUGUCCUGCAGUCAUGUAGUGAGGGCGUUGGAUGACAUGUCAAGUGAUUUUCAUUCCAGGCAAAGAGACGACAGCUCAGAUGUCUUUAGCGUCUUUUUAACAUCUGUUUUUUCAAACAUCCUUUAAGCCAUAGCUGAACUCUGUGUAGUUUUUAUAGACCAAUGUCUGUGAGCUGCAGGUGGUUUAAUGAUCUGUG